AUGGGUACAAACGCAGUUACAAGGCUACUGUUUCAUCGCGGGCUGGUGCCUCGUCGGUGGUCCUCGCACUCGGCAGCACAGUUGGCUAGGACGACGCUCAGCGACAUAACAGGCCGGUAUGCACAAAGGGAGCCACUGACGAUGUGCACCGCGUACGACUACAUCACUGCACGGUGGGCACAGGCCUCUGGUGCAAACCUGUUGCUUGUCGGUGACUCCAUGGCGACGACAGCGCUCGGGUACGACGCGCCCACAGACUUGCCCUUUGACGAGUUCAAACAGCAUCUCCGCAGCGUGUGUCGUGCUGCAGGCCCAGCAGCCAUCGUUGCUGACAUGCCCUUCGGGUCCCUAGAACAGAGCAUCGAGCACGGCGUGAGCAGCGCCGUGGCGCUCAUGAAGAUCUCCUCCAAGGUCACCUCGGUCAAAGUGGAGCUGGGCACCCCUGGAGUCGACACGCACACUUACGCGCUCGUGCAGGAACUGACCAGUCGCGGUAUACCAGUGAUGGGACACUUGGGACUCACUCCGCAGAGAGCUCAUUCUUUGGGAGGACUCAGAGUGCAAGCGAACGGUACCGUUGAACAAGCGGUGCGGUUGCUCGAGAGUGCACAGCAGGCGCAGGCCUCUGGCUGCUGGGCAGUCGUGCUCGAGUGUGUCCCACAGAGACUCGCCACGUACAUUACUGAACAAUUGCAGAUCCCUACCAUCGGCAUCGGCGCUGGGCCGGGCACCAGCGGACAGGUACUCGUCAUCGCGGACAUGCUCGAGUUGCUCGGCGAGGGGGCGUUCAGGCCGAAGUUCGCCAAGCGGUACGCUCAACUGGGCAAAGCAGCAGAGAAGUCACUCGCCCAGUUCACAGCGGAGGUGCAACGGGGGCAGUUCCCAGUCAAGGGCACGCACACAUUUAUGAUGAAGGACGAUCUUUGGCAGGAGUUUCUCCGCACAGUUGAAUCAAGACAGUAG